AUGGCUUCCGUCAUGGAGUCUGCUAUCUCUAGCCUGAAGGAGGCCGGCCUGGAGGACGUACUAUACACGCCUGGCCACCCGGCAUACGAGGCACGAGUCGGGUCAUACUGGUCAUUGACAUCUCGUCAGCAACCCUGGGCUAUCGUGCAGCCUCGAAACACGGAAGAGGUCUCCAAGAUCGUGAAGGCUCUAGUAGGAAUUGCCGGUUGCAAGUUUGCUAUCCGCAGUGGCGGCCACAUGCCACAUAUAGGAGCUGGUAAUGCUAUCGAAGAGGGCGUCACCAUCGAUCUUGGGCUUAUGACGGAAACAACUUAUCAUCCGAAGACAAGGCUUGCGUCAAUACUCCCUGGUGCCAAAUGGAGGAAUGUCUAUGCAGAUAUGGAAAAGCACGGAAUGAUGGUUGCUGGUGGCCGUGAAGGCUUGGUCGGAGUUGGGGGCCUCUUGACUGGUGGCGGAUUGACUUUUUAUAAUUGUCGCUAUGGGUGGGGCUGUGACCAAGUUGUCAACUACGAAGUCGUUCUGGGCGACGGAAGCGUAAUCGAGGCCAAUAAGACGAUGAAUUCGGAUCUAUUCCGUGUUCUAAAAGGAGGCCAUAACAACUUCGGCAUAGUCACGCGAUUUGACAUGCAAACCUUCAAGGCACACGACAUCUGGGACGGGAGUUCAAUCAUCUCGCCAACUUAUACGGACGAGGCCAUUGACGCUUAUGUCGACUUCUCGAAGAAACUUGCUAAAAACGCCAAUAGCCAUGCCACCAUGAUGUUUGCUUUCGUACCUUAUGCACAAGAGCACAUCAUAAACGUUGUCUUUACUAGUCUCGACGGGGUUGAGAACCCAGAGACUUUCCAGAAUUUUCUGAGGAUCCCGGGUCAACAGGAAAAAAAGAUGACAACAGUGGCCACGAAAGUAGCAGAAUUCCUUCUUCCUUCAGGGAGGUAUGACUUCUGGAUGACCAUCACUUUCAAGCUCGACAGUCGAGUCAUUCGUAAAGCAAUCGACGCGUACGAGGCCUUAUUAGCAGACCUCAAAAAGGCCAUCCCCGAUAGUAACUUCAGCGUCAACAUGGUCUUCCAACCACUGCUGGCAUCCUGGACACAACAUUCCGUGGAUCAGGGCAGCAACAUAUUUGGUCUCGAACAUGUAACGGAGGAUUGCGUCGUGCUAGUAAUUGCAGUCGAAGUCGCAACGUCCGAGUUGUCUAAGAAAGUUAGCGAACCUGCAACAAGAACAAUGUUUAGUAAGGUUGAAUCGUACGCUACGCUGCUUGACAAAAACGUUGGAUUUCUGUAUCUCAAUUACUGUGAUGGAUCUCAAGACCCUCUUAAGAGUUACGGCGAGGAGAAUAUUAAAAGGAUGAAAGAGGCAUCGGCGAAGUAUGAUCCAGCCGGAGUGUUCCAGGAACGGGUUCCGGGCGGGUUUAAGAUUUCCAAGGUGGAAUGA